UAUCAUUCUUUUAUUGUAAUAAAAUUAUUAUUUUUUUUUAAUAUCAAAUAAUAACAUUUCAAUAUUUCUCAUGUUUACAAUAUCAUUUAAUUUUCUUUUUCAUUUAGUAACCUAUACCGGGCUUGCCUACCUUCUUCAUAGAAGUAUAGUAGUUUACGGGUUUGUUACUAAUAACUUUUCUUUUCUUAUAAUACUUUUGAAUUUUUUUAAUCAUUUAUUAACUUUUUAUUAUUCACAAAAUUCAUUCUCAUUAUAAAUUUUUAUUUUCAUUUAAUUUUUAAAUCUUUUCAUUAUUAUCUUGAAUAUUUCAUUCAUCCUUUCAAUAUAUACUUUUUCAAUAUAUCGUAUAUUUUCAUUUCUCAUAUAUUCCGUAAUAUUCCUUUUUCAUAAUAUUACUUUCUCUUAUUUCUCGUAUACCAUUCAAUAAUAUUUUAAUAUUUCUUAUAUAUUUUCUUUUACUAUAUCCUUUUUCAUAUAUAGUAAUACUUUUCUCAUAUUUCAGAUAAGUCUUCCUUAUCUAUUAUUUCUUUGAUGAUUUCUCAUAUCAUCUUUUUCUUAUCUUUGAUGAUUUCUCAUAUCAUCCCUUUUUUAUCUUUGAUGAUUUUUCAUAUCAUCCUUUUCUUAUUAAUUUCACAAAUUUUUCUUUCAUUUUCUCAUAUAAUUUUCUUUUAUUUCUUAUUUAGAUCUUGUAUGAAGAUAACAAUCAUUUACUUUCUCACGAACAUGCACCAAAAAUGUGGCACGCCGCCCAUAGGAUAAAUAACAAUUUAUCGUAUGUUGCCACCGACGUGUUGAGUUCUUAUAUUAUCUUCGCUUGGUUUAAAAUAAAAACUGCGGAAUUUCCUAUUGAAAUCCACUUGUAUUUAUACAUUUUAAGAAAAAUAUUUCUAAUA